CAGAUCAUCGCUCAUUCCAGUACUUCUCACUGUGCAGUUCUUAGCAUUGCUCGCUGGGUGCCAAGCGGUUUCCGUUGGAUAGUGUGAUAUUUAGUGUAGUCUAGGUUCCAACUAGAAGUUCACCGAAUAUUAGUUCCAUUUAAUCUAAUCCAAAAUGAUUAGUGUAAACGUGUAUUUGUGCAUCCUUGCAUUUGUGGUUUCCAUGUCGUCCCAAACAGAAUCCGCUGAAAAUUCAACACUAAUAGCAACUGCAAUGGUAACUAGGCAUGGUGACAGGGCUCCCACAGGGACCUACCCCAACGACCCUUACGCUUAUUACACGUGGCCUUGGGGUAUUGGCGAACCCACGCCGAAAGGAGUACGACAGCUUUACAAGUCCGGAAUGAAAAAAGCGGCCCGAUAUUCGAAACUUCUGAGCAAUAUUUACGAUAACAACAUCUUUUUCGGGCCGAGAAACGUUUACGUCAGGAGCAGUGCCGUAAACCGUUGUAUUGUCAGUGCUCAGAGUUUGCUAGAUGGUUUUCUACCAUUUCUAAACAACCAUAUCACAAUGGAUAUUCCAGAAAAUAGUGAAGAUCCAAUGCUAGCUUCCCCUGGAAAACCUUGUCCUAAAUUCGAAGAUGAAUACCUUGAUGAUUUGCGCUUGGAUGCUCCUGAUGUCCUUGCAUUGUCUGAAGAUGGAAAAUUCAUAAAAUAUCUUGAAGCCCAGACGGGUACGACGGUCCCUGACCUCUGGGAUUAUUUACUAAUAGGAGACGCUCUAUUUGUUCAACAAGAUAAUGGGUUAGCAUUACCCCCUUGGGCUUCCGGCGUAUUUCAUCAAUAUAUUAAACCACUUAAUGACUUGGCGAUGUUAAAGGCAACCUCUUCGAAGAAGCUACAAGUCAAAACAGGUGCCCUGUUAAACGACAUAAUAGAACGGCUGGAUCGUUAUGUUUACGGAAAAUCUGGCCUUGAUGAUGUUCAAAAUAUCCUGAUCUACUCCGGUCAUGAUGUAAAUGUUCAGGGCCUUGCAAUACUAUUGGAGGUUAAUAACCAGAUUGGGACACGACCAGCUUAUGCUGCUGUGAUCAGUUUAGAACUUUACUAUAAUUCACGGAUCAGGGAAGGGAUCGAAGUAAAGAUAUUUUACUUCAGAGAUGAAGCUGAUGAAAAUCCAAUCAAUAUAGAAAUACCAGCCUGUCCAGGGCCUUGUGGGUAUGAAAAAUUCAAAAGGCUGGUGAAGUCAAAACUUGUUACGAAUUAUGAUGAAGUUUGUAGUAGUGUAGAACUCUUUUUACUCCAUGACGAAAUACUACGGAUCAUUAUUUUACAGAUUUUAUUAGUUCCAAGAUGCAGAAACUCGAAUCAUAACGUCUUGGAUAUUCGCCUUAGUUGGUUGGAAAGGUUACUGCGAUUACUACUUUUAGGUCGGGAUAAAAACUUUUUUUGUGCCAAAGUGAGUUCCGAAUCAAAUAGUUUAGUUUUAUUGUUGAAAAUGCGUUCAGUGGGAUUGUUUAUAGUUUUAAUAGUAUCUUGCUUUCAAUACGGUCUCGCUGAAGGGGUUGUAAAGGGAGUUGCGUUGCUCUUUCGACACGGUGACCGUGCUCCACUUGCAUCGUAUCCCGAGGAUCCAUAUGCUAAUUAUUCAUGGCCCGGAGGUUUCGGAGCCUUAUCACCGAAAGGCGCCGAACAGGCUAUGACUUCGGGAGCUUUGAAAGCAGAACGAUAUGCUGACCUCAAAGCAGGCGAUCACUUUGAUAGGAAGAAAAUAUAUCUUCAAAGUAGUAACAUAAAGCGAUGUGUCGAGAGUGCUGAGAAAUUUUUGAGUGGGUUUUUAGAAUCUGAAGAAUUCCCACAUGAUUUAAUCCACGUUUUGUCUGAAUCUGAGGAUGAGAUGCUGACUAUUCGCGGGAAGCCAUGUCCAAAAUAUGACUGGAUAUUCAAAAAGCCAUUUAGGGCCGAUGAUCCUGAAAUAGUUGAUGUAAUCGGUGAGGAUAGAUACCUGCUCUCAUUUUUAUCAGAGAAUACUGGACUGGACGUUACCAAUCUACGAAGAUAUUUCCAUCUAAGCGACACUUUCAAGGUACAAUUAGACAAUGGAUUUGAUAUACCCGAUUGGGCUGACGGUAUCUAUGAAUCCCACAUAAAAAGGCUAGGAGAUGUCAUCUUCACUAAAUGGACCAAAUCGGCGCGAAUGCAAAUACGAAGUGGUCGUCUCCUGGAGGAUAUCCUUCGCAGGCUAGAUGAGUUUACUAACAAAACAUCCGAUGAAAAUAUUCUGCUGUAUUCAGCCCAUGACUUAACCUUGGCGGCUUUGAUGGUCCGUUUGGGCAUAGUCGACCAGACUUCUGAUGUCCCUGACUAUUUGGCCACGUUAGCUGUCGAACUUCAUGAUAACGAAGAACUGGUAGACGAUUUGGAAAUUCAGUUAUUUUACUUCAAAGAUACUCAUGACGAUGACCCUGUGCUCAUUUCGAUUCCUGAUUGUGAAGAGCCCUGUCCAUUUAAAAAAUUUAAGUCACUUAUGCGACCAAAAGUUGUUAUAGAUUACGAUGCUGAAUGUAGAAAUAAAGCACAAAAUAUACUGUAGAAUGAAACUUUUGAA